AUGGGAAGCAACCAGUCAUGGGUCACAGAAUUCACGUUGGUAGGAUUCCAGCUCAGUGCACAGAUGGAAAUGCUUCUCUUCUGCAUCUUCUCCCUGUUCUUUGCCUUCACCCUGCUGGGGAAUGGGGUGAUCCUGGGGCUCAUCUGUCUGGACUUAAGACUACACACCCCCAGGUACUUCUUCCUCUCACACCUGGCCAUCAUUGACAUCUCCUAUGCUUCCAAUAAUGUCCCCAAGAUGUUGGCAAACUUAACUUUUUUGUAUUUGGCUUUUGCUGCUACAGAGUGCCUGAUUUUGGUGGUGAUGUCCUACGAUCGGUUUGUCGCGAUCUGCCACCCCCUCCGUUACACUGUCAUCAUGAGCUGGAGAGUGUGCUCGGUCCUGGCUGCCACUUGCUGGUCAUGUGGAUUUAUUCUGGCUCUGGUACAUGCAAUUCUCCUUCUAAGGCUGCCUUUCUGUGGCCCUCAGGAAGUGAACCACCUCUUCUGUGAAAUUCUGUCUGUCCUCAAAUUGGCCUGUGUUGACACGUGGAUCAACCAAGUGGUUAUCCUUGCUGCCUGUAUGUUUGUCUUGGUUGGCCCCCUGUGCUUAACGCUAGUCUCCUACACACGCAUCCUCUGGGCCAUCCUAAAGAUCCAGUCAAGGGAGGGCCGCGUAAAGGCCUUCUCCACCUGCUCCUCCCUCCUCUGUGUGGUUGGACUCUUCUUUGGCAUAGCCAUGGUAGUUUAUAUGGUCCCAGACUCCAGUCAGCGGGAAGAGCAGGAGAAAGCACUGUCCCUGUUUCACAGUCUCUUUAAUCCAGUGCUGAACCCUCUCAUCUACAGCCUGAGGAACGCUCAGGUGAAGGGAGCCUUGUGCAGAGCACUGCAGAGGAGGUCCAUGCAAGGGACAUGCAGUGUUGUUAGAUGGGGUGUUUUCUCUUAA